AAAUGAGACUCGAUCCUCUAUUAUAUACACUAGAAUUCAAAUGAGCCUCGAGCCUCUGUUAUAUACUCUAGAAUUCAAAUGAGACUCGAUCCUCUGUUAUAUACACUAGAAUUCAAAUGAGACUCGAGCCUCUAUUAUAUACCUUAGAAUUCAAAUGAGACUCGAUCCUCUAUUAUAUACACUAGAAUUCAAAUGAGACUCGAUCCUCUAUUAUAUAUACUAGAAUUCAAAUGAGACUCGAUCCUCUAUUAUAUACACUAGAAUUCAAAUGAGCCUCGAGCCUCUGUUAUAUACACUAGAAUUCAAAUGAGCCUCGAGCCUCUGUUAUAUACACUAGAAUUCAAAUGAGACUCGAGUCUCUGUUAUAUACACUAGAAUUCAAAUGAGACUCGAGCCUCUGUUAUAUACACUAAAAUUCAAAUGAGCCUCGAGCCUCUGUUAUAUACACUAGAAUUCAAAUGAGACUCGAGUCUCUGUUAUAUACACUAGAAUUCAAAUGAGACUCGAGCCUCUGUUAUAUACACUAGAAUUCAAAUGAGCCUCGAGCCUCUGUUAUAUACACUAAAAUUCAAAUGAGCCUCGAGCCUCUGUUAUAUACACUAGAAUUCAAAUGAGACUCGAGCCUCUGUUAUAUACACUAGAAUUCAAAUGAGACUCGAUCCUCUGUUAUAUACACUAGAAUUCAAAUGAGCCUCGAGCCUCUGUUAUAUACACUAAAAUUCAAAUGAGCCUCGAGCCUCUGUUAUAUACACUAGAAUUCAAAUGAGACUCGAGCCUCUGUUAUAUACACUAGAAUUCAAAUGAGACUCGAGCCUCUGUUAUAUACUCUAGAAUUCAAAUGAGACUCGAUCCUCUAUUAUAUAUACUAGAAUUCAAAUGAGACUCGAUCCUCUAUUAUAUACACUAGAAUUCAAAUGAGACUCGAGCCUCUGUUAUAUACACUAGAAUUCAAAUGAGACUUGAUCCUCUAUUAUAUACACUAGAAUUCAAAUGAGACUCGAGCCUCUGUUAUAUACACUAGAAUUCAAAUGAGACUCGAGCCUCUGUUAUAUACACUAGAAUUCAAAUGAGACUCGAUCCUCUAUUAUAUACACUAGAAUUCAAAUGAGACUCGAUCCUCUGUUAUAUACUCUAGAAUUCAAAUGAGACUCGAUCCUCUAUUAUAUAUACUAGAAUUCAAAUGAGACUCGAUCCUCUAUAUGAUUUCUGUUUCGACAGAUUAAGCAGAAGCUGGUAUUAAUGAAAAUGUUCCUGGCUGCUGGUGAUUCUAGGGUUAGUUUUAAAGAGUGUCUCAAACAUUAUUUAACCUUCCAAAAUGUACUACUACUUCAUCAUCAUCAUCAUCAUCAUCAUCAUCAUCAUCAUCAUCAUCAUCAUCAUCAUCAUAAUUUAUGAACUGGAGCCAGUAUUAAUGUCAGAUCUUUGACUGAUAGGAACGUCCAUAUGUAUGCAUUGGAGGGUGGUUAGCGAAUGUGAUAUGCAGUACUGUAUCUGGCAGAUGUAACACGGUAACAUAUUUUUUAGUUCAUAGAUUAAAAUAAAAGUCAAACAGUUCCCAUGCCGUCACAAAGGUGCUGUUGCUGCCUUGUUUUCAAACACAUCGGGCGGCUGGCCCUUCAAGCAAAUGAAUGACUGUAAACUGCCCAGUCCAGCUUGCUGGAAUUCUGUCCGAGUGCAAUUGGAAAGGUCUGUAAGAGACGGAGAGUCUAGAGUGACUUACAGGUACAGCAACUACCCAGCUGAGCGGACCUGCCACCCUACAGUGAAAGAUCCACAGAGAGAGAACCAGCGCUGGUCAAGCCCAGGGAGCGUGAAACAUGCCCAGGCAGAGAGAGAUCCAGCGCUGGACAAGCCCAGGGAAAGCGAAACAUACAAGCAGGAAUAUCCAGCAGGGCUGCGGGACUUGCCCUUGCAUGUUUGUAUAGGGAAUGUGUUCAGGCAUGUAGCAGCGUGUGUGAGUCACACUGCACUCCCUACAGAGCAGGCUCCGCCCAGCAGGGUGUAUAACCCUGCCGUUGGUUUAGCGAUGUUUAAAGGCUGAGCAGCCCGGACACUGAUUCACUGAGCAGUGCUCUGAUAGACUCCUGAGUCUGACUCCUCACCAGGGAUCACUGCAAGGAAACGCUGUGAGGAUGGUAAAGUGUGACACCAUGGCUCCUCGGAACGGAAUCCUGAUGCCCUCCUUCAACGCUUCGGUGUGCCGCUCCCUGUUCGGGCCGGUGGACCGGGAGCAGCUACGAGCCGAGUUCCAGGAGAGCAUGCGCAAGACCCUGGAGGAGGCGACACGCAAGUGGAGCUUCGACUUCGUGAACGAGAGCCCCCUGGAGGGGGGAGACUUCCAGUGGGAGGGGGUCCCGGGGGGCAAGGUGCCCGCGCUGUACCGCCCCUGCGUGGUGAGGGCUAGCAGGCAGGGGGCGCUGUGCACAGAGGAAAGGGGGUGCAAAAGGAAGCAGACCAGCAUUACGGAUUUCUACCAGUCGAAGAGAAGGCGGGUACAGUCUGCCCGGAAGCUGGAGCAGUGAAGGUGGAGUGGAGCUCACGGCUCUCACUCUGAGGUCCCACAAGCACUUUGCUCUCGUCGUGCCUGCCCUCAGGAACAGCUGGACAUCGCGGUGCUGCGAAAGACUCGCUCUGCCAACACUUUAUUUGUCAAGCUCCUUACAAACCUCCGAAGAGCCUUGUCUCGCAAGGAUCUUCAUUUAAAGUAGCAAAGGACUGUCUUCUCCCUUCCCUCUUCUUCACUGUAAGCUGUGCAAACCUGGCUGUAGCGAGCAUUCCAAUAGAACCGUGGUGGCACUCCACUGGAAUUCAUUCUGAUUCUACGUGCUGUGUGAGAACCACUACACCAGAUCCACUCUGGCGAACUCCCCUUAGUGGAUAUAUUUCAAACUGGGCACAAGCUUGACCCCUUCUAAGGUUCUAAGCAUGUCUGAAAUGACUUCAUGAACUCAGGAAAUGGGCUGCCAUCUCAGUGACAAUUACAUCCGCGGUCCAAAUUAAAGAAGGCGGCUAGUAAAAUAAAAUUAGUUCAAACUACAGUUUUUUUUUUAUUUAACAAAUUCUUGCAUGCAAAACAGGUAUUUUGUCAAGAUACAAUUCAGUAUUUUAAGCAUUAUGCUUUAUGAGAACAGGCUAAUGUAAUGGAAGUUACAGUAUAUAUAUAUAUAUAUAUAUAUAUAUAUAUAUAUAUAUAUAUAUAUAUA